ACUCACUUGAUCUCCUCAUUCACUGCAGCUGAUGGCAUUGUUAGCAAUAUAUGGGGAUGAUCUAUGUGAAUUCGAAAAGAAAGGAGGUCUUCGCUAUUUCCAGAUCUAUAUACGUUACGACUUGCCUGAUGGCACUGAAGUGCGCGCUAAGCUCUCUUCAGCUAAUGAAAAUCUAGAAGGUGAAGUGUGUCCUGAUGAUGGUACAGAAGACAACGGCAAUGAAUUCUCUUACAUUUGCAAUGUUGAGUACCUACCUCCUUUGAUAUUGACAUGCCUGCUUCCACGGUCCUAUCCAAGCAAGGACCCCCCAUAUUUUACGAUCACUGCCAGGUGGAUGGAUGGGCCUAAUGUUACUCAACUUUGUGAGAUGCUUGACACCAUUUGGGCAGAGCUGCCCGGGCAGGAAGUGAUAUAUCAGUGGGUUGAGUGGCUACAUAAUUCUUCUUUGGCAUACCUCUGGUGUGACAGCAAAAUAACGUUAGGUCUAGAUGUUCCAAUGCAGAGAGCAGAUAAUUGCGCAAUCUCAAGAAGUCUCCCAUUGAAAUCUGUAAUCCCUUCAAUGCUCAGUUACAGUAGUAAGAAGCGAUAUCAAGCUUUUCUUGAGGAUCUCCAUAUGUGCAUGAUAUGCCUCAACCAGAGCAAAGGUUCAAACUUCAUUGAGCUUCCAUGUCAACACUUGUUCUGUGUGAAGUGCAUGGAAACCUUAUGCAGAAUGCAUGUGAAGGAAGGUAGUGUGUUUAAAUUGAUAUGCCCCGAAACCAAGUGUAGCUCUUCCAUUCCACCGUACUUGUUGAAGAGACUUCUUAGCAAAGAAGAAUUUGAACGCUGGGAUAGGCUUACUCUUCAGAAAGCUCUGGACUCGAUGUCAGACGUUGUUUACUGUCCAAGGUGUGGGAUCGGUUGCUUGGAAGAUGAGGAUAAGAAUGCGCAGUGUCCAAAAUGUUCAUUUAUCUUCUGUUCAUCUUGCAAGGACCCACGCCAUCUGGGGAAACAGUGUCUAACCCUAGAACAAAAGCUGCAGCACCCGCAGAAGUCACGCGGGAUGAUUGCGAGGGAGAUGGUGGAGCAAAUGUUGAGCAUAAGAAAGCUUUAUGGUGAUGCUAUAUUCUGUCCAAAUUGUGGAAUAGCAAUCAGCAGAACCGAAGGGUGCAACAUAAUGCUUUGUGGUAACUGUUAUCAGAGCUUCUGCUUCCGCUGUGGCAAGGCCUCCUGUCGGAGUUGCGAUCUCUAUGCACCUAGGGAAAAUGAGCAGACAGAUUGGCAGAGGCGAAUGGAGAAGCUAGAAAAAGAAAACCGCGUGGCUCAAAGGCACCCGGUGGGCAGUAUCGUCAAAUGCCCAAAGUGCCGUCAAAGAAAUUUCAAGGGUGACGACAAAUAUAUCUUCUGCUGGUCGUGCCGAUUCAGCUAUUGCACGCUCUGUAAGAAGCGGAUCGAGUUCACAGGGCCAAAUAACGGGCACUGGGGCUCACUGGAAUGUGUGGGGCUCGGAAACAUGAUGUAAGAUCGGAUAUGUGCUCCCAUUUUCCGGAUCCUCGCCAGCAACUAUCACUCCGUCAAGGACCAUACAAUGUUUCCAGAGAGCGAGUCGCUGCUGGAGGAGGUUCCCAGA